AUGCCAGACCACUCUUUUCGUGAGUCUAAUGUUAAGAGAAGAGCCUCGAUUGUUUAUGGGUCAGUUGGGAAGGGAGGACUCUUCUUACCUUCAGAUUUCAUAAAGAAGGCUCCUGCUAUUGAAGGUGAUGACGAAGGUGUUGAAGAGGACGAAGAAUCAGCUCCUACUGAAUAUGAUCCGUUACUUCUGACUGCCCCACCAGGUACUCAAUUUGGUUCAACCAAGAUGCGUCGUCAUUCCUCGGUCCACCAGGAGAUUUUAGAGCAAGAGAGAGAUCUCUUGGAAGAUAAUAAAAUUAGCAUUUCACACAAUCCUGGAAGAGACGAGGAGGAGGAUCUCACUGAAACUUUCGAAGAAGCUGUAAAGUCCAAUAAGUUAGUAACUAGCAAUUCUAUUGAAUUGAAGACAUUGAUCAAAUCUUCCAUCCCAUUGGUUAUUACUUUCCUUUUGCAAAAUUCAUUGUCUACAGUUUCCGUGUUUACUGUUGGUCAUUUAGGAGCAACGGAAUUGGCUGCCGUUUCUAUGGGUGCCAUGACUGCUAACAUUACUGGCUAUGCAACAAUUCAAGGAAUUGCAACAGCAUUGGACACAUUGUGUCCACAAGCUUUUGGAGCUAAGAAAUACCAUUUGGUUGGAAUUUAUUUACAAAAAUGUGUUGCAUUGAUCUUAACAAUUAUGUUUCCCAUAUUGAUAAUUUGGAUCUUUUUCGGUUAUAGAUUGAUUGUCUUACUUAUUCCUGAUAAGGAAACUGCUAAAUUGGCUGCGGUUUACUUACAAUAUAUUGCUCCAGGUAUCCCCGCAUAUAUUUUAUUUGAAUGUGGUAAAAGGUUCUUACAAGCCCAGGGUGUCUACCAUAUUUCGACUUAUGUAUUGCUCUUUGCUGCUCCCUCAAACGCUAUUAUGAACGUGGUCUUGGUUAAGCAUUUGGGUUACUUGGGUGCACCAGUAGCCGUAGCAAUUAACUAUUGGUUGAUGACUAUAGGUUUAUUCUUGAGCACAGUGUAUGGUAUUAAAGCUGAAGAUACUCCAAGUGGAUUUCAUCCUUUAAAGUGUUGGGCUGGAUUAAAUAUCAAGCAAGCUUUCUCAGCAUGGAAAAAUUUGAUUCUUUUGGCUGUUCCAGGUUUAAUCAUGUUGGAAGCAGAAUUCCUAGCUUUUGAAAUAUUAACAUUAUUUGCAUCUUACUUGGGAACCAUUUCGUUAGCAGCUCAAUCUAUUGGAACUACAAUGGCAUCUUUGACUUAUCAAGUUCCAUUUGCUAUUGGAAUUGCUUCUUCUACCCGUAUUGCUAACUUCUUGGGUGCUGGCAUGGCUGCUUCAGCAAAGAAGUCAACUCAAGUUGCAUUAAGUUUUGGAUUGGUUAUAUCUGUUCUUAACUUUUUAGCAUUAUUUGUGUUCCAAACUGAAAUUGCUCAAUUAUUUACAAAUGACGAGAGAGUUAUUAAGAAGGUAGAAAGCGUAAUGUGGCUUAUUGCUUUGAUGCAAAUCUCAGAUGCUGUCAAUGCAAACUCUGCUGGAUGUUUAAGAGGUCAGGGUCAAACUAAAAUAGGAGGAAUUGUGAAUUUAUUUUCAUACUAUGUUGUUGGAUUACCAUUAUCUAUAUACUUAUCAUUUUAUAAUGAAACUUUCAAGGGAAGUUUGCAUGGUUUGUGGAUAGGUAGUACGGUUGCUUUAACUAUUAUCGGAGCUGUUCAAAGUUAUUAUUCAUUGUUUGCAGAUUUUGAUAAAUUAUGUGAAGAAGCUCGCCAAAGAACAUCAGAGGGGGAAGCUAUUGGAGCAGCCCAUUAG